AUGUCGACGGAGGUGUCUUGUUUUUACUUCGUUGGCUUCUUGAUGGGCAUUGUGGCUACUGGCAAACAAUGCAGACAAGAAAGGAGCAUAAGUGGAUGGGCUCUGCAGGGAUUUGUUUUCAAAACGUUCUCAGUAACCGCCAUCCAUGAGUGUGAUAUGAGUUGUGAAAGAGAAAUCACCUGCCAAAGUUACAAUUACGUAGUCGGAGAAAAGUCCUGCGAACUGAAUAACCGGACCAAGGAGGCAAGACCUGAGAAUUUCCUUCGAGACCCUUCACGGUUUUACCAUAAACGUUUGGUAGACAGGGCUGCUUUGGGAUCAAUUCCUGAGCUGCCCGCAAGGUCUUGCUGGGAAAUAAAGGCGAGUGAGGGAGAAGACACCAUCAGCAAGAAGUAUUGGUUGGAUCCACUUGGAACUAGAGAGUAUGUCUUUGAGGUAUUUUGUGAUCAAAAGACAUCCAGUGGAGGAUGGACUGUAUUCCAGAGGAGAGUGGACGGCUCGGUUGAUUUCUUCCUGGACUGGACUGACUACAAGCAUGGCUUCGGUAAUUUGAGUGGUGAGUUUUGGCUCGGACUGGACAAGAUUCACCGUCUGACCUCUGAUCAUAACAACGUGCUACGUGUGGACCUUGAAGACUUUGAAGGGAAUACUGCUUAUGCUGAGUAUAAUAUGUUUGGUGUUAUGAGCGAGGAAAACAAGUACAAGCUGAUUCUUGGUGCCUAUUCAGGCACUGCGGGUGACUCACUCAGCCGUGGACGUGGCCAGCCAUUUACCACCAAAGACAACGAUAACGAUGGUUCUGUAAAAAACUGUGCCACGGAAUCCAAAGGAGCCUGGUGGUACCAGUCAUGUCAUUACUCCAACCUGAAUGGCCUUUACCAUCAUGGACAGCACUCCUCCGUAGGUGAUGGUGUGAAUUGGUAUCACUGGAAAGGAUAUCGAUACUCUUUGAAGAGGACCGAGAUGAAAUUUAAGCCAGUGGAUUUCUGA